AUGGCAAAGCGUGGGAAAAACAGCACCGAAAACACCGGUAGACGUGCUGCUGCCGACGCUUUGCUUGGGCUUGUUGGGAGCCUCGACAGCACUCCCAAUGAUGUCCAGCUGGACCAUGGAACGGCUGGAAACACCGCCGCUGGAAAGGUUCCUGUUGCUGGGAAGCACAAACCUGUUCGUUCUCUAGAGGAACUUGUUGAUCACGGAAAACUUCCCACUUACAAGGAACUGCGUGGUGUUCUCCACGACGAAACCGCAGCGCUUGACUACAUGGCGUGGUGUGGUAUUAUCAAGGUGCCAGGGUGCUGUGGGCGGUGUGGCAGCACCGUCCAUUGGAAGAAGAAACUCAACAAGAAGUCCGGUGCAGAGGAGUACACCAGUACUGUCGAAUGCCGGAAGGUGGUUUGUGAGUUCACCCCACCCAAGACAUGCGAACGUUGUGACAGCCGUAUGAACUACGUUUGCAAUGAGGACAGGGAGGUCUGUGGUGGUGCAUGCAACCAGUGCCACUGGACGUGGAGUCCUGGUAAGAAGUGGCAGAUUUCUCCUUUCCGAGGAAGUGUACUGCAGAAUUGCAAGCUACCCAAAAAUGAAGUGCUCCACUUGUUCUAUCUCUUCCUCCUGCGUGUGCCGGCUGUGACAAUUGCAAGCAUGUUGAGUUGGUCUGUUACCACGGUGGGUAAGUGGCUCAAGCAUUGCCGACAGCUUGUUACUGAGAUGAUUCUUCGAGAAGACAAGGAAAAGGUUUUGCUUGGAGGUCCAGGAAUCAUUGUCGAAAUUGAUGAAAGCAAGUUCGGUACCAUAAUCCACACUGACAUGUGGAAGGCAUAUGGACGUCUGCAGUACCUUGAUGGCUACAACUACACCCAUAAAACUCUCAAUCACAGCAAAGAGUUCGUUUCCGAGGAUGGGACCCACACCCAAACUAUCGAGGGUAGCUGGUCAUUCAUGAAAGCCUACAUGCCAGUGCAAAAACGGUCAGGGCACUCACUCCAGGAGUACUUGUGGGAGAUUCAGUGGCGUCGUCUGAAUGCGGAGCAUCUCUGGGAGGCUUUCCUUUCUGGAGUGAGCAAAUGGAGUUACACACCGGCUGACAUUGAGAAGCUGUGGGACCUCCGAGAUGAGAACGAUCCGGCUGGGUGGAAUGCUGACCAUGAACAAGACAAGACCGACGAGGACUUGGAGGAUGCCCUCUACUACGACACCGACGACGAGCUCUACAAUAGCGAUGGUGAGGGAUCGGCAGCAGCUGCAACGCUCACUAGGAUUAAAACAGCCAUUAUUUAG